GGACUAUGAAGCAUUUGCAAUUUGUACUCGUGUUGGCCAUCGCAGUCAACGUGUGGGAAUGCGGAGACGCGAAAUUGGGCGAAAAGGGAGAGUUAAGCCCCAGGAGACGGAGAUGUUACGACGGAAGCGUGCCCAAGCGGCUGAAGAAGCGCGAGAGAAAGCUGUCACUCGACACCGGCGGCGGAGAGCUCUGCCACAGGUUGUACCCGCGCGUGUCCUGCUGCCCCACCAGGCGGGCCGCCUAUCAGAUACUCCACCGGCGGGACGGCAGGAUUUUCUCCACCAACAACACGGAGUGCGGACGACUCCUGGAGGAGAUCAAGUGUGCGCUCUGCUCGCCCAACGCCCAGGUGCUGUUCCACUCCCAGGACACGGAUACGAUGCCACACAGGGAGCCGGACCUGCCACGCCUCUGCCAGGACUUCUGUCGCGAGUUCUACUACACAUGCAGGGGACACAUACCAGAGCUGUUCCAAGCCGAUGUGGACGAGUUCUGCCAGUACUACGGAAGGAGAGAUGGAAGUCCGUGCUUUCCAGAUUUUCAGCGAAAGCAAGCACGAGGGCAGGAGUCCAACUACUUGGGAGAUGAGAAAGCAGAAGAUAUCAGCAGGAGACACAAACACAACUGCUACUGUGCCCAGGAGGUGUUGAGUGGCCUCCGGCAGCCGGUGGCCGUGGUGCACUGUGGAGAUGGCUCCCAGCGCCUCUUUGUGCUGGAGCGGGAGGGAAUAGUCCGGAUACUCACUCAUGAACUCGAACUGCUCAAAGAGCCCUUCCUCGACAUCCACAAGCUGGUACAGAGUGGCCUUAAGGGCGGAGAUGAAAGGGGCCUGCUAAGCCUCGCAUUCCACCCCAAUUACAAGAAGAACGGCAAGCUCUAUGUCUCCUACACCACCAACCAGGAACGCUGGGCCAUUGGACCACACGACCACAUUCUCCGUGUGGUUGAAUACACCAUUUCCAGAAAAAAUCCGAACCAGGUGGACAUGCGGACAGUGCGGGUGCUGAUGGAAGUGGCGGAGCUACGCAGGAAACACUUAGGGGGGCAACUGCUGUUUGGUCCCGACGGCCUGCUGCAUAUCUUCCUGGGUGAUGGCAUGAUCACCCUGGAUGAUAUGGAGGAGAUGGACGGCCUCAGUGAUUUCACAGGAUCUGUCCUAAGGGUGGAUGUGGACACAGACUGUUGUACUGCACCAUAUUCCAUACCUCGGAACAAUCCGUACUUCAACAGCACCAACCAGCCACCUGAAAUCUUUGCUCACGGACUGCACGAUCCAGGCAGGUGUGCCGUGGAUCGCCAUCAAAUGGAUAAUGGCAGUGUCCUGAUCCUGUGCACAGAUGCCAGCGGGAAGAACACAUCAGCCGGCAGAAUACUGGAGAUUGUGAUGGGAAAAGAUUACGAAAAUGAGCCUUCCAUCUAUGACCUGCAGUCCAGCGGAGGGGCAGCGCCUGUUGGGGGCUUCAUCUACAGAGGUUGCCAGUCUAGGAGACUCUACGGAAAUUACGUGUUUGGAGACAAAAGUGGUAACCUACGGAUCCUGCAGAAGUCCCCGUCGUCCACAUCAGCUGGCAGUGAACACUGGCAGGAGAAAGCUUUAUGUCUGGGUUCAACCAACUCAUGCGGCUCCACGCUAGUGGGGCACAUCCUGGGCUUUGGAGAGGAUGAACUGGGUGAGGUCUACAUACUGGCAAGCAGCAAAAGCAUGGCACAGUCACACAGUGGGAAACUCUACAAACUGGUGGACCCUAAAAGGCCCCAGGUUCCUAAAGAGUGUCAGCGGCAGGUGGAGCCACCAGAGCUGCUGAUGACCGCCUGCUCCCGGAACUGUAAAAACGGACACUGCACACCUACGGGCAAGUGCUGUUGCAGCCCGGGCUGGGAGGGACCUUUCUGCAGAGUUGCCAAAUGUGAACCAGGCUGCCGCAAUGGCGGAGUGUGUGUGGAGCCCAACAAGUGCCUGUGCAAGAGCGGCUAUUCGGGAGCGCAGUGUGAGAAGGGCGAACGGGGUAUGCCCAACGACCAGGAGAAAGACGGCAUACUGGACCACAUAAUAGACAUGACCUCGUACCUGCUGGAUCUGACCACCUAUAUCGUAUAGGGGUUCGGAGAGGGAGUCUGCUCCCCACUGCCACCCACCAACUUGACACAAAUCUACCUAUCACCACCAGCAGACUCUUGAGGAGUUGUCCUGAACAGGGACUCUCAGCUUCCCUCACACCCGCCCAUGCAUAUAUACUACAUACAUUUCAGAUACACACCCCGGGACCCCAAUCGGACUAUUUCUCAUCUACGUCACCACGCCAAACUCUUCCCCUUUUGCCUAUAAGCUACUUGCUCUUGAAUACCGUGGCUGUCAUCCAAGCCAAGUCCACGUUUCAAGAGGCCUGCAGACAGCAGCGAGAUGAUUGACAAGCACGGCCUAGUAAUGGAGGUUCAAACAAGGCAUCUCCUCUUUCACUCAGAAGCGCCUGUACAUGACUGACUUCACUUUAGAACUGCACUCCUGCUGAGCCGCAGAGGAAACCCAGAGUUUCCACAGGAACGGCCAUUUUAGCACAAGGCUUGGAUGUUCUCUGGGUGAAUUGUUGCCUUACAGAAGACCCCAAAAUAGAGAGAGCGAGAGAUAGAGAGAGAGAGAGCAAGAGAGAGAGAGACAUUAGAGACAUUUCGGGGCAGAGCUUGUCCGGUAAUUCUCUAAGGAUUAAUAAUUCAAAAGUGUGGGGAUGUUUGAGUUGAAGAACUCAAGUUGUGCGGACAUUUUUUUUCUUCUUCGUCUUCUUCUUCAUUUUGAAAUAAAGCUAAACGACUUCUAUAUACACAGAUUUUAAAGGAACACAACCUGUCAGCGUCAGUUAAACAUUUAUACUGAGAAAGUUGAGAAAGUAUAUGAUUAUGGCAUGUCAUAUAGAGCACUCGGUCAUUUGUGCGAUACUAUUUUAAAGGCACUAAUAUAGGAGCGAUAAAACCAUGUUGUCUCAUGACUCUGAGGUUGAGGUUAGAUUUAGUAUGUGGGCACAGUCACAAAAGCUAUAGUGGUAUAUAUAUAUAUAUAUAUAUAUAUAUAUAUAUACACAUACAUACUAUGUAUAUGUAUGUAUGUGUUGAGAAACACUCACGUUAUCAAUGUACAUAACGGAUACACAACGGGGGACUGACAACUACCUUAAAAAAUAGAAAUUACUGAGUACAGUGUACUUCUAUUGUCAAAGCUGGUUUCACACAUUCUGAAUGGAGCCAUCAACUCCCAUGCACUGUAUUUUUAUACAUUCAUUUUGUUCAAAUCGAAAUGAAUGUGAGCAGUUAUCGGGACAGGACGACAAUAACUUCAACCUCGCACACACAUACAUUAAUGCAGAGAUAUGGUGUAAAAAAAAACAAACAACAACAACAAAAAACAACAACAAAAAAUUCCAUUGUCUGAAAUACUUAACCGUGGCCUAGUAUCAUGUUACAAAGGGAAGAGAGAGCGCGGUGAUGUAUAUUUCCUAUAGAGCUGACCUAAGUACUACUUAGCUUACACAAAAUACUUUAGCGAUACUAUUGUUAUCAUAGAGGAAGGUUUAUUUUUUUAAGCGUAAUAAUAUAUGGGAGAGAUUGGUGUUUAUAGAGGGCAGUUUUACAAUAAGUUUGUAAAUUCAUGUCAUUUCAUUGUUUUUCCUUUUCUUACGCGUACCCCCCCCGACCAACUAUCUCGCGCACACACACACACACACACACACACACACACACACACUUGAAGACACACAUAAUUUACCCACUUCGUUCAGUGUUAAAUGUAGUGCACGUCUCUGCCUGUGUAUUGUAGUUGGGAAGAGUAGGACAAGGUCAUCCAGGACCUUCCCUGACACGUGUCAUUACCACGGUCACAAUGUGUCUCUACUGUGACUCCAUCAAUGAUUCAGGCAGUUCACCAAGCCAAGUGUUGAGGUGGCUCAUAGCCAGAUUGCAGAUUUGAUCUAUGCGGCGUUUCCGUCUGACGCCGAGUCCAAGAGAGAACUCAAGAGAUGUCUUCAAGACUGAACAUUACAUUAUGAUCAGUAUAUUGUGGGAUGCUGGACUGAACAGGAAAGGAAGAUGAAACAUCUUCCCUUAGUCUGGUAUCAUCUGGAGCAACGGUAAUGCGUUGUCUCUUUUCAGAUGCUUAAAUGAAGUUCAUACAAACAUGUUACACAUACCUGCAAAACACACACACACGCACACACACACACACACAGUUUGCAUGCAUGCAUGCAUGCAUGUAUUAUGUAUGUAUGUAUGUAUGUAUACAUGCAUACAUACAAAUCUACAUACAUGCAAAUAUACAUACAUACAUACAUACAUACAUACAUACAUACAUACAUACAUACAUACAUACAUACAUACAUACAUACAUACAUACAUGCAAACAUACCUACCUACCUACCUACCUACCUACCUACCUACAUACAUACAUACAUACAUACAUACAUACAUACAUACAUACAUACAUACAUGCACGUAGAUAAUCACUCAUGCGCACACACAAACACGAGUCACCUGAUUAUUGACAAAGACCUCUUUGACUGAUUGUUUGCCAGUUUUGGAUUUCCACAAUGAAUCUCAGCAGAACACCAGCCACUGUGUUCAGCAUGGCUUUGACAAGGCAAACAUCCACAUCCCUCGUGUGUUCCUCCCCACGUUCUCUUAGCUCGGGUAAAAAAUGUUUUACUGUCUGCAUGACUAAACGAAAAGCCUCUGGACACACGCUAUCAGUAAAAUGACAACAGUCGCGUUUGUUGUUAAACCUCCACUUCACCCCUGUUUGUUUGCUGAAAUAAACCUCUACCUGGUCUAAUGAGUCAAAGUGGAAUUCAUGCUGUAAAGUGGAAAUUAUACGUUUUUUUUAGCACUUAAUGUGAAAGUUGCAUUGUAGCUGCUGAGACGGCGUGGUGUGAAUAGAAUAACCAUUUUCAUUAUUUAAGUAGUUACACAAAUAAAAUAAUUAUUUAAGUUCUUUACUUUGUUUUUACCAUUGUACUGUACGUGAUUUUUUAUGUGUUUUUUGUUUUAUGUUUUUCAUGUAUUGUAAAUAAAGCUAGGGAUAUCGUUGUUUUCUUAUAAGAAAUAUCAAUAUGUCUAUUAAAGUUUAUAGCAUGU